AUGACGGCGAUGACCCCGCCCGCGUCGCUCUCAAGUCUAUCGGGUUCAUCUUUGCCACAGCCAAAGCUGCAGCAGCGCCACGGCCAGCUCGACAUCCUAUACAGCAACGCCGGCACCUCCGGGUCCUCGGCUCAUGCACCCCUGGCCGCGCUCGACCUUGCCGACUUCGACCGUGUCAUGGCGGCCAACACGCGCUCCAAGGUGGCCGGCGUCAAGCACGCCAUGUGCCUCAUGGUGCCGCGCCGCAGCGGGUGCAUCCUCUGCACGGGGAGCACCACGAGCAUGCUUGGCGGGGUCACCGUGCUCCCUUACAGCCUCUCCAAGGCCACGGUGGUGCGACUGGUCGCGAAGGACCUGGCGCACGCCGACGUGCGCAUGAACGCCAUUUCACCUCACGACAUCGUCACGCCACACCUAGUCCGGUCGCUGGCGAGGGCGAACCCGGGUGUCGGCGACGAGACCCUGAAGCGGAUGGUGGAGAGGGGCAUGAGCAAGCUCCAAGGGGGCGUUCUGGAGCCGGAGGACGUGGCCGGACUCGCAGCCGCCGGCUACCUCGCGUCCGACGAGGCCAAGUACGUCACCGGCCAUAACCUCGUGGUGGACGGCGGCUUCACCGUCGGGAAGCCGAUCAAUGUGCGCCCGGCGCGCUGA